GCUGGGGGGGCAUGGCCGGGGUGCAGCAGGGCGAGAAGCAGCUCUUCGAGAAGUUCUGGAGAGGAACCUUCAAAGCCGUGGCCACGCCGCGACCCGAGAGCAUCAUCGUGGCCAGCAUCACUGCCCGCAAGCCGCUGUCCAGUGGGACGCUCAGCUGCCUGUCGUACCCCGCAGAGGACAGACGUCCUGAGAAGCAGAGCGGCCGUGCAGUCAAGGAUGCCUCCAGCACGAAUGGCUGUGGGAAGGGGAAGCAGAGGCGAGACCAUGCACACCACAGGUCACGCAGCCCAUACUGCGAGGGGGAGCGGCCGCCACAGCCAGCCCGGGCCAAGAAGAAGAAGAAGAAAUCCGGGCGCAAGAAGCGAAGGAGGUCUCCCUCCUACAGCCCCUCCCCUGUGAAGAAGAAGAAGAAGAAGAGCUCCAAGAAGAGAAAAAGAAACAGGUUAUCCUCAAAGAAGAGAAGACACAGUUCUUCAAGCCCCAAAAGUAAGAGAAAGGAAGAAAGAAAACACAAAAAACACUCUCGUGGACGCAGCCGGAAAUCCCAUCGCCACCGCCACUGCCACUCUCGCUCGGAGAGCUCCGACUCCCACUCCCCCAGCUGCCGAAGCAGGCACAGAGCCAGGUCUCGGGAGGAAAGGCGUAAAACACGGCGAAGACACUCCCGGCACCAUUCCAAGAUCACGGCAAAGCGAAGCUCCUCUGCAGAGGUUAAGGCCAGCCAAAAAGCCAGCCAAACCCUCCAGCUCUACAGCUUCCUGUCUCCUAAGGAAGUAAUCUCUCAGUCAGGGUCUUCUGCUGACCUCUUUACCAAAACAGACAGCCCGCCUGGCAACCUAGCCAGCCACAAUGGAGAGUAUCAUGAAUAUGACUCAGGAAACGAUACUUCCUCCCCUCCCUCCACUCAAACGAGCUCAUCCAGGUCAAAGGACAGCCAGGAGAAAAGAAGUCUAGUCCAUGAUGGCUUUGGCCAUGCCUUCUCAGCCGGGAAGCCCAGACUGGCCAACAGCGAUAACAGCUCUGAUUCAGGAAAUUCCUUCACCAGUUGCUUUUCCCAGACCAAGGGAACAGCUUUGGAAAAUCUGUCUCCAGAUGCCCAGGGACAAGACCGAAGAGGGUGCCUGUCCUUAUGUCUCAGCUGCUCGGAGGAGAAGAAGCGAGAUUCCCCCCGGUCCCCAGGCCGCAGCUCCUCACCGAGGCCGUGCUCCCGCAGCCAGUCCUGCACCAGCACGGGCAGGUCUUCCCCUGGCUCCAGCCGCUCCCGCUCCUCACACCACAAGGCCUCUCCCAGGUACUCCCGAAGCAGGUCCCGUUCUUCAGGAAAGAGGUCUUCCUCACGUUCCCCCAGCUACUCCUCCAAAUCCUGCAAAAGAAGUCCUGGGAGCAGGAGUUCAAGGCCUCGCCGGAGCCCCAGCUACUCCCGCUACAGCCGUAGCAGAGAUAGAGAGCGCGAGCACAAGUACAGCUCCAGCGACAAGGAGUCGCACCGGGAGCGGGAGCGGGACCGGGACCGGCAGCGGCGCUCCUAUUCACCCCUGAGGAAGCGGAGGAGAGACUCUCCCAGCCACCUCGAAGCUCGGCGCAUCACGAGCGCCCGCAAACGCCCCAUCCCCUACUACCGGCCCAGCCCCUCCUCCUCCUCCAGCAGCGCUGGCAGCUACUCCUCCUCGUACAGCAGCUUUAGCCGCUCCCCGAGCCAGAGCCGGAGCUACUCCAGCUACCGGACGAGCCGGAGCCGCAGCCGAAGCUGGAGCAGCAGCAGCAGCACCGAGGGCAGAAGCCGGAGCCGCAGCCGCAGCUCGGGCCCCAGGAGCAGCCGCAGCAGGAGCAGGAGCUAUGACUCAGGAGGCAGCUCCGACAGCCUGCGUCGGUAGGGAGUGCCGCGGACGGCUCCCAGGGCUGGCGUCACCUCCGAAUUCCUGGCAUUCUCCGCUUCCUUCCCACCUACCUGGCCAUCGAUAGCAAUCAUCCCCAUACUGAUGUGGGGCGCAGCGCCGGGUCCCCCUUCCCCGGUUUGGAGUGAGAGCCCUCGUGCGCCCAGUGCAGCCCCUUCACCACCUCAUGGAGUGAGUGGAUCAGUCCCAGCUCCCCAGGCCAGGGCUGGAAGAAGGGUUGGUGCUUUACAGAGGGUCUGGCACAGCAGACCUGCGCCAUCCUCCCCAUCGCUGCCGCUCUCCAAUGCGCUACCAGCUGGUCCAAAGGAAAGAAUUCAGCCUCUUGCUCCUCUGCCAAACCAGCAACCAGUGAAUGAUCUUCUGCUGGAGGGAGAAGCCCAGAUAGGGAUGGAUUUGCUGGGAAGCACUGGUGAUGGGUGGGAGUGAUUUGUCCCCACCAAGGCAAGUAUCAGGUCCCGUGGGUCUCUCCUCCAGAGUUUCUGCCCAUUCUGCAGCAGGCCUCUUCCAUGAGAAAAUACAUAUUUAUUGCUGGCCAGCCAGCCCCUGCUAUAAAUAGAAGGCUAGAAACCCUCCUGGCAUAAUUCCUGGG